AUGGUACGUCUGAUUGAAUACAAAAUAUUGUUAUUUACGGUUUCUGUUACAUCUUUGGUAAGAGAGAAAACUUAAUGGGACUUUAAAAGGUAAAAAGUAAACUUGCAGACAAUUUGUUCUUUAGUAAUUUCAAUUGGAGGUGUUGAGAUCUUCGUGGAUGUAAAAAGUCUUUCUUCAAAGGAUGAAGCUUCUUCUUUUAAAACACAUAAACUAGUAUCUUUCACAAUUCUGUUCACUGCAAAUAUUUUAAUUUUUGUCAAUAUGGCAUACAUGUCAUUUCAUGCUUUACGUGGAGAGAGGUACAACUGGUAUGUUAGUUGCCAUUACUUUUUAUACAUUGUAUGUGAAUUAGCGUCAGCUUUAGUCGUUUUUACCGAAUUUAACGCAUUUAACUAUCCAAUAGGAAUUGCAAGUUUAGUUGCUGUACAGUUUGUGUUGUUGUUUACAAUCACCUGUUUUGCUGAGUUGAUUUUUGACAGAGUUGAGCAACUAAUUAUCGAGGGAACUGAUAGUUUACUACAUAAAAGGACUGUCGCAACUGUAAGGAGACGUGCCAAAAAGCGUAUGCCGUGUGUUAGAAUUGAUUUGCACAACACAAGUGGUGCAAGUACUUCUCGUUAAGCAAACUGAUUAAUAAAAAUUAUUAUUAACAUAAGUAGAAAUUGUGGAAUUUUAUUAAAGAAACAUUUGUUGUGAACGUGCGGCUACUUUAGAAUACAUUAAUUAUUUGAUGAAUUCAGGCAAAAACCACAAAAAAAACGGUAACGUGUUGCAGAUUAAAAUUUGUAGAAAUAUAGAACAUAAAUCCAGACUUCAGCUUUUAUUCUGUCUAGUUUUGCUAACUGCAAUAAUAAUUAGUGGGAAAUGAUGUAAAAUCCAAUUGGCAACAGAAGAAACAUGAUUUUAUCUCAAACUUACAUAGGUACUGAUAUCUAAUGUAUGAUAUUCAGCUACCCACUUUCAUACUUUAUUAAAAACAUUUUCUGAGCUCCAAUGAAAAAUUUAUAACUCUUGAUAACAAUAACUUUCUGGCGUGAUAUAAGCCAUGAAUUGAUCUAGACUGUUUUGAGUCGGAAAGCGUAAUUCAACAGAAAAAAAACAUUAACAUCACGGAUACGGAGUACCACUCGAUCCGGUGUAAUUGCUUCGUAGGCCAUUAUUAUGUUUUCUAAUGGUAUGGAUUGCCUUUGUUGGUUAUAGGACCAGUAAAAUUUUACUGCUGUACGGCGUCGUUGUAUUCUAGAUUUACCAAUCUUUUUGAUAGAUCUUCAUUGCUAUGGAUCCAUUUACAUCCCACGUGGUUAAUUAGGUUACGCAAAUUCUUCUUCAAGUAAAUUUAUUUCUUUUUCAUUUAUUUUAUCAGCUUUACAUAUAACUGUUCAUAAAAUUUAUAAACUAACUUAUAUUCUUCAAUCCUUUCUGAUAUUUUUAGUCUCUUAUUAUCUAAGAUUUCUAUUACCUCUGCACCAAGAGAUAAACAAACUAGUGGAGGUAGAGCUAACGAAGAUAAUCCCGAUGCACUAAUUAAUA